UCUUAUAUGAUUGUAAAACCUGAGAAAGAAGGGGAAGGAACUCGAAAUGUUACAUGUUCAAUCGAGCAUCCUACGAAAUACAGCGAUUUAGUUUCAUUUCAAAACAUUUUGUAUCAAAAUGUUGUGGUAGUGAUAAGUGAAAGACGAAUUUUGGUUAUUCAAUUUUUGAGAGGUUUGUUGUGUGAAGUUACGUUACGUUGGAGAAGAAAGCAGCGAAGUGAAAUUUGGACCACUCAAUGUAGGUACCUAUCGAAUAGCAGUUUAUCUAAGUUAAUAAAGCAAGAAGCUAGAAUAUAAUUCAAAACGACCAACUCAAUCGUAUCUGUAAAUUGAAGCAUCACACUUUCUCGUCAUCGUUUACCAAUAAUUCAAUAUGGCAUCGAUUUCGAAUCAUUGUAGCGCCGAUUGUGCGUUGGCCGAAAAGAGUUGCAACACUCAAGUUCGAAUCCACGAAGCGAGUUAUGUUUGGACGAUCCAUAAUUUCGAUUUCUUUGAAGCAAAAGGAACUACUGUGAAUUCCCCCUUCUUCGCAGCUGAUUCAAAUAAUGAUAUUCGAUGGAUCAUGCAACUUGAACCAAACGGUGACACAGAUGCCAAAGAUACAGUUUCGCUUUAUUUGAUGUAUUCAAGUCGUGUACACGAAAAGGUGUACGCAAAAUACAACUUCUAUGUUUUAAAUUCUCAACAAAAUAAGCAGAUACAUCGUACGAGUGAAGAAGUGCGCGAAUUCAGCGAUGGCAUAAGUCGAGGUUAUCAAAAUAUACUGAAUAAAAAAGAAGCUAUCGGGAAAUCCUUAUUGAUCGAUAAUAAAUUGACGGUCAUGUGCGAAGUAUAUUUUUCCGAAGUUCGCGAUUCUAUCGAUAAAACUUUCCAUCAGUGCGAUAAGACAUCCUUAUAUCGAAACGUGCCUCGUUGUAAUGUUUUUGAAAACUUGGAACAGCUAUUGGAAGAUGGUCAGUUUUCCGAUAUCGUACUCGUAGCCGGUGGUAAAGAGUAUCCAGCGCACCGAAAUAUUUUGGCAUCUCGUUGUUCAGCAUUUGCAGCCAUACUCGAACGAAAUUCCGAAGAAAAUGGACGAAAUCGUUUCAAUAUCAAAGAUAUGAGCGCCGAAAUCAUGGACGAAUUUUUGAGAUACAUUUACACCGGCAAAUGUAAUAAUUUGCAAAAAGUAGCGGAAGAUUUGUUGGCAGUUGCUAGUAAAUAUUCGCUAGAUCGAUUGAAAAUGAUAUGCGCGGAAGAAGUUUACAAGACGUUAUCGGUAGAGAAUGCUGCGAAAAUUCUCAUGUUGGCGGAUACACAUGGUCUGAAGGAAUUGAAAAAUGAAGUGAUUAAGUUCAUCACUCGUAAGCCUGCUGAAGUGUUGAAUACAGUCGCUUGGGCAAAUAUUAAAUCUAAUUUCUGGUUAGUAAAUGAUGUGUGUUUAGCUUUAGCUAAUCGAUGAAUGUCAAACGAGUGAUUAAAAUUUUAUACUUGUCGGAUUCGGUGUCGUCAGGUAUUAGGUAGCUUACCUAGAGUUUUUAAAAUCGAGAACCGAUUUAGUUUUUUUAUUUGUAAUUUUGUUUUGAUUCAGGUAAACGAAAUUAUUUAAAAGGUAUAAAUUAUUGUUUAGUUUUUUCGAUUUUUUUUGAAAAAAAAAAAUGUAUUAUUUACGAAUGUUGACUUUUAUAAGAUUAAUUUUAGUUUUCGUUUGUAUAGCUCAAUAGGUCUACUGGUUUUAUUAUAUUAUUAUUUUUGUAUUUUUAUGAUAGUAAUUACUGGUGGCUAAUCUGGGAAGCAUUUGUAGUUGGUUUUGCUGUAUAUGUAGUAGAGAAGAUAUUUAAUUACAUUGAAUACAUUGAUAGGUACUGGUUUAUGUAAUGUCUAUUUGAAUAUUAUUUUGAAAAUUUCAUAAAUACAUAAUUAUCUUUCAUCUUAUA